AUGUCUUCACCGUUUACUCCAAACAUGAGUCAAUCACCACCAAACGCCGCUGGACAGCGCGUAAUUCAGCAAAUCAGUCCGCAGCAUGCGCAGCAACUGUUUAGACACUACCAAUUGGAGAAAGACAUGGCCGAGCGGUCGGGACUCGACACUCCUGAGGGAAAGGAACACAUGGAAAAGGCACAGAAGAUUAAGGAGAUCCUGAUGAAAUACAACAGAAGACAGCAGAUGUUGAGUGCGCAGGCGCAACGUGGCGGGGCGAACCCUGUUGCUGGUGUUCAGCAGGGGUCUCCUGCUCCUGGUUCGCAGAUGGGAACUCCGCAAAUGGCCAACACUCAGUUGAACAAUGCUCGUGCCCAGAGCGCCACAAAUGCCGGGUCGCCGCAGCAAAACGUUCCCGGGGCACGUCCAAACAUGGGCCCGCAGACAGGGCAGCGCCAGCAAUCGUCGCCGCCAAUGGGGUCCGGCACACCUCCUCCACAAGGACAGUCCCAGGCUAUUCAGGACCCGCAAGCCAAGUACCAGCAAGUUUACACGAUUACGGAGAAAUUUAAGGCCCAAUUGGCCGUUAUUCAGGCCAAGUUGAACGAUCCAAAUACCCCAAGCAACGAGAUUGCUCAAUAUAUGCAGAAAGAGAGAGAGCUGAGUGGAAAAGUCGAGCAGUGUCGCAGAUUUGCCCAGCAGCUAACACAACAAAUUAACAUGUCGCAGAACCAGUCGAGAGUGGGCUCUCAGCAACCGCAAGGCGACGUGUAUUCGCCGCAAGUGAUGAACCCGCAGCAGCAGGCUCUUCAGCAACAGAGAAUGAUGCAGCAGCAGCAGCAGCAGCUUCAACGGCAGAACUCUGCCUCUUCGCAGCAACAGAGACUCUCGCAGCCUCCGCAGAUGCAGUCACCAGCCAUGCAGCAGCCAAUGAUGGGCCAGAUGCAAAUGCAGAUGCCUAUGCAACAGAUCGCUGCUCAGCAGGGUGGUGUCAAGCCAGGAGUGCAAAAACAGGCUGGAAUACCGCCAGCCAAGAAGCAGAAAGUUGGCACUCCUGCUCCAGGCACUCCGAUCACGAGUGUCAACGCUGCUGCCUCAAAGCCGGUUGCUGGAGCUGGUCCCGCUGCUGGGCUGGGACCUAUGGCAGGCAGUGUUUCGUCAGACUCUUCGCGGUCGCGGUUUCAGAACAUGCCUAUUCCCGAGGACCUCAACAUUGGCAGUCCGCAGCCAGUUUCGAUCAAACAGAACAAUCGUCCGUCCAUACUGAACGGAAACUCCAUUGGGGCCUCUUCGUUGACGACGCCUGUGCUUGUGCGGCCACAGAACUUCGAGCUAGAGGGCGAGCGUGUUUUGAACCGCAGAAAGCUCAAGGAGCUAGUCAAGUCUGUGGGGGCCGACGAGGGAGACGCAGAGGUGACGAUCGACGGAGACGUGGAAGACCUGCUUUUGGACCUUGCGGACGAGUUCAUCACGUCGGUCACGUCGUUCGCGUGCCGUUUGGCCAAACACCGCAAGUCUGAGAGCAUCGACGUGCGCGACGUGCAACUACACCUCGAGAGAAACUGGAACAUCCGCAUUCCGGGCUACUCUGCCGACGACAUUCGUACUGUUCGCAAGUUUAUUCCUACUCCGUCUCACAACACCAAGCUGAACGGUAUUUCCAUCAACAAGAGUGUAAACAAGAACCAAUGA